UAGUAAAUGUUAUGAAGUGAGACACAUCGAAGCCAGUCAGUACCUAGAAGGAAAGGAACUAGAAGGAAAGGGUUGAAUAAAGUGAACAAUAUGAUCAGACAAACCUUGUACGCUUUAACCGCCUGGUGAUCAUCCCAGCUAAGAGAAAACGAUGAAGUUGUACAUACAUCAAAAAAGCUUCAGAGAGGAGCAUGUGAUCAUCAAUCCAAAUGACUUUCCCUCAAUCAAGAUUGGAGACUUUCUUGAGAUAUUCCACCCUGAUGACAAACAAAGCCAUCUUUUAGUCCAGGUGCAAACACUAAGUGUAGAGCUGCCUCAAAAAGGCGUGGUGAGUGUAGAGCAGGGCGUGGCCUCCCUCUUCCAGCUCCGAGCCUACCAGACGGUCCAAGUGAGACGGGUGGAGCCAGACAGUCAGGAUGUGGCCUUAGACCUGGUAGAGUUGGUCUUCAAGGACCAGUACGUCAGCAGGAGCGACAUGUGGAGACUCAAGAACAGUCUGGUGAAGUCAUGUCUCCACAUCCAGCAGAAGGUCGAGAAAUGUGGUGUCAGAGCCCAGGUCCAGGACCUGUGGUCCAGGGGCGGCACCGUGGCCUGUGGGAUCGUUACCAGUGAUACGAGGGUGGCCUUCAGAUCGGCUACAGCCAUGGUCUAUCUCUUCAUUCAGAUGAGCUCAGAGAUGUGGGACUUUGACACAUGUGGUGACUUGUACAUGGAGAAGGCAGUGAAUGGGUUUCUUAUAGAGCUCUUUACAAGAUGGAAGGAGAAGAAUAGCAAUCAUGAGUUGAGUAUCGUGCUCUUCUCCAGAACCUACUUUGAAGCAGAUUCUGUAGAUAAGUUUCCAGCUGAAAUGCUGCCAAGACUUCAUGUUCAUGAAAAUGGUCGCUUCUAUGAAGAUUAUUACAGGGUAUUUGCUCAUAAUGAGAGAAAAGAAGACUGGUUGCAGGUCCUUGCUCCGCUCAAAGCUACCAUGCAGCGCUAUGCAAAGGACAUCAAAGACCGGCAAAGAAAGGCUGGAUGUGUGAUAAAAGGUGAAAACUCUAAUGCCUGUCAAGGGAACCUCCUAGAGGCACUUAACCUCAGCUUGAACGUGUUUGACAACCACUACAUGAAUCGUAACUUUGACCGGACUGGACAGCUGGUCGUCAUGGUAACACCGGGGGCCGGAGUCUUUGAGGUGGACAGGACGCUGUGUAAGCUGACGGAACAACGGAUGAUUGAUUACGGUAUUGGUAGUGAUGUCGUGUGCUUAUCUGAACAACCUCUUCAUCCAGUACCUCUCCUCAAGUUUUUGGAUUCACUAAACAAGAGCGCUCCAUGCAAAGACAAGUACAACAUUCCGCACUGGUUAAACUACAGCUUCUAUCUAUCGCCUAGUCAGAAGAGAAGGUACCAGUCUACCCAGACUUCUUUCAUCUCUAGAUUGCGACUUCCCGACCGCAUAGAUGAGGAUUCUCCAAGAACACCCAAGGGCUCGUCGGCACUCCCUAAGGUGCCGUCAUCGGGUCGUUUCCAUGGCGACAGCUCCAGGAGCACACUGAGCAGCGAGGGUUCGUGCGGAGACCUCAAGAUGACGGUGCACGAAGAGGAGGAUGAUGAUGAGAAGUUUGAGAGGCACGAUAGCAAGCUCUUCCAGCGAGGCAGGAGGAGAAUGUCCAAGGUCCAGUCCCUGAACAACCCCUUCUGCCCAGACACCCUGUCGGUCAUUCUGACCGCUGACCGCAGAAGGUGGACACACGCUUUUCCUCAUGGUCCUGAUGGUGAGAUGAUACAGCUUCAUCAUCGUCAGCUUGUCAAGGUGCCCAGUGAACAGGAUAUCCUGAACCACACCCUCGAUCACGCCCCUAGGGAGGGGGUGAGUGCUUCAUCUAGUGGUUCCAGUCUGAACGGUGCCCCAGCAACACCAACUUCAGACAUCUCUCAUGGAUGGUGGGUGCAAGUGGAUACCAGGCGUCGUAGGGGGUGCGUGUGGGGCAUCACCGGGGAACAAGUUUGGACCCCAUUCCUACAGUCGGGGAUGGAUUGGAAAUCGAUGACAACAACAGCCUGCUUCCCGAUAACAACCGACUUCUACCCAUUAAAGCAAGCCUUGGAUAUGGAUUAUCAGGAGAGACCGUACACCAUCUGUAUCGAGGGAGAGAACGAUACAGAAACGAGCCCAUCAAAUGUCAACAAGAUAUUUCAGGAACUCAUCUCUCAGAGACUCAUACAGGAUUUCCAGUUGGUUGUUCUGCCACAGCAAGAACAGGCUGGAUUGGCACAGAGGAACAGGAAAGACCAACCACUGGCUACUGAUCCUCGCAAGGAUAUGUGUGUGCUGAGCUAUGCCAAUGCCUUCCACAAACUAACCCUGAGUGCUGAUACUAAUGACAUCGAGGUCGUUCUCUACACUGCCAGGAAGAGUUCUCCAAGCCCCAAACUGGCCUACUCCUACUCUCUCUGGCCCCUUCACAAGCACGCCUAUGAGAUAGCAUACAGCAGGAUGUACCACAAACCGGUGGAGAACGAUCGGUGGAACUAUCGUGAUAGUUACAUUUCCUUCUGUGGCAUGGCGUCCAGAGAAGGCUUUGAACUGCAAGAGUGUGUGAAAUUCUGGCGGUCGCGAUUCGUUCUGCUGCCCUCACACUCGUCCACCCUGCGUCAGAUGUCCGAGAAGAGUUACCAAGGCCAUCUAGAUGUGUUCCGGUCUGAGGAAGGGUCAUCUAAGCAUCCAGCUCUUGUAGAGGGUUUCCUAAGGUUCUUUGAAGGGCUCAAUCGAAGGAGGACUCGACUCCACCUACCAUCAUUAAGCGGUUCCAAAAAGAGAACAUCCCAGGGUGACAUCAAUCAAAGCGCUACCAGUCCCGGCUACCGGAAGAUCACCCAGAGUGGCACUUCCACCCCCACCAGCCUCCACGCCUCCCUAAGCCUCACCACCGGCUCCCUGCAGACGCUGCUGUCUGGUGUGGUAGCCAAUCGCAAGGAGGACCCCUCCAGCGAACCAGGGAGUCCAAAGUCUCCGGAUAAGAGGGAUGAAAGACCCCACCAGGGUAGUCUGUAUGCUACCAUUGUCAAGGCUAUGAGAGACCCAAGCACUGGGCUUGGCUUCAUAGGAGGUGAUCAUAGAGGGCUCCCUUCAGACUGCUUCACCUCAGCUGAGGCAGUGAGUUGGAUCAGGAAGGCAUUCAUUGAUCAGCCAAGCCAUGAGCAAGCCGUCAAAGUCUUACAGGAGAUGCUUAAUGAGGGAUAUAUCUUCUCAGUAUUUAGUAUCAGAGGAGCCAAGCAGAUAAUCUAUGGCUACUACAUCUAUUGUCUACCUGAUACCCCAUCAGAUUCAGUGAAGAAUGCUUCAAAGCCUGUGAUCGGACAGCCAAUGUACGAGAUACCUCCCCAGCAGGAAUGGUUUGAAGCAGCGUGUACCGUCUCUCAGGACAGACAGAAUGACGUACAAGAACACACCAAUGGACCAGGGCUCUGCAUCCUGCCUGUUUACAAGAACAUUAUUCUUGAAAUGUGGAAUACAGACCUAGAUCACAUGGAAUACUGCCAUGCCAGUUUCCAUAGCAACUACCAGCCCGACCACGCCUUUGAUAUGGAGCUUCAGUGGUUGACGUCAACGCCUGGAAUUCUGAAUGACCUGAUCAUGAACUGGAUGCGCCGAGCCCAGAGUGCAGGCUUCCACCUCAUCCCGUCCCACGUUGAUCCUUUCUGUUUCUGGGAGGACAUCUCUGACCCCCUCUGUAGUCCUGUCUUCAUACCUCUUGCCCUACUGGAUGGGUCUACUAUAGAACCUGAUGUAUUAGCAAGGGUGCAGGAGUUGAUCCUCAACAGAUUUGGCUUCCUAGCCAACCACACAUCCUGCGUGAGUCCGUUACCAGGGACGGUAUCUAAGGACUCCCCCUACACCAGCAUCCAUGUGCAGUACGUCCAUGUGACCGGCGUGGCCUUUGCCCUACCGACCCCUACCCAGGCUGACACGACAUCACCCCGCCCUGACAUGCUGCCUUGUCUCUGCUCCGCCUGGAAAGAAUCGAGUAACAACAACUCCAACGUUGGCAGAGGCAGCCAUCUUUGCCAUUCAACCAGGAGAUCUAGGAAACGAGAGACUCCUUCAAGACCAGGCUUCCUGUGGGUCAACAACCACCUCCUCACCAAGAAAUGGAAAUCCAGUGCUUCCGGGGACGAUGCCUUCAGGGAGGCGCUCCUCAACGACUUCAGAAGGCUCUGUGGUAAUGAGGUUGGGCGCCUGGAUGCUCUUGUUAGUAUGGUAAUGGAAGAGCAGAAGUCUGAGUAGUUCUUUGGGGGGAAGCGGCAUUUGGAUGAAAGAAAUGUCUUCAGAAGGCUUUUCACCAAUGUGGAAGGGAGCCUGGUUGUGCUGGUCAGUGUGGUAGCUGAAGAGCAGAAGUCUGAGUAGUUCUUUGCAGAAAAGUGGCUUUUGGGUGAAAGUGAGGUCUUCAGAAGGCUAUGUGGCAGUGAGGAAGGGCGUCUGGAUGCGCUGGUUGGUUGGUAACUGAAGAGCAACAGCAGUGAGUAGUUCUUGUGGGGAAGUGGCAUUUGGGUAAGAGUGAGGUCUUCAAAGGGCUCUGUGCCAAUGAGGAAGGGCACCUGGAUGCGAUGGUUAGUAUGGUAACUAAAGAGCAGAAGCCAGAGUAGUUCUUUGCAGAGAAGUGGCAUUUGGAUGAAAGUAAUGUCUUCAGAAGGCAUUGCACCAUGGAGAUGGGCACCUGGAUGCAUUGGUUACCUUGGUACAUGUAACUGAAGAGAAGUUGGCUAAGUAGUUAUCGGGAA